CGGGCCGGGCCGGGCGCUCGGGGCGGCUGCGGGCUCGGUGCCGUCGCCGGCGGAGCCCCGCGGAGGGGGGAGGCGCCCCGAAACGCGGCUGCCGGCGGCGCUGGGGCCGGGGCUGCGGUCGGACGCGCUCCCCGCUUCCCCCGGCGUCUUUUCGGUUAAACGCGGCGCGUUUGGCGCCUCCAGCGUGUGGCGGCUCCGGCCCGCGGUGGGGACAGGCGGCAGCUGGAGCGCGCUGAGACUUCGCGGGUGGAGUUCGUUUCUUUUGUUCUCGGGAGCUGAAUAGGAGAAAGGGACAUUUCAGCUUUUCUUGAUAAAGGUUAUGCAAUUUUACUUAAACAGCAAGGCAAGAAGAUUUCUUGAAAAUUAGGAUUUCUUCAGCCAAUUUUCUAGACAACAUGCCCUUGCGAAGUUCUGGCAAGCUGAGCAUGGAGAACAGAAAAGACGACAGUGAGAGCACAGCACCCGCCCCUACGCAGAAGAAACUGUCCUGUCAGUGCCACCACCAUUGCCCUGAAGACUCAGUCAACAGCACCUGCAGCACUGAUGGCUACUGCUUCACCAUAAUAGAAGAAGAUGAGUCCGGUGGACAUUUAGUCACCAAGGGAUGCCUAGGAUUAGAGGGCUCGGACUUUCAGUGUCGGGACACUCCCAUUCCACACCAAAGAAGAUCUAUUGAAUGUUGCACAGGUCAAGAUUACUGUAACAAGCAUCUUCAUCCUACGCUGCCACCUCUGAAAAAUCGAGACUUUGCUGAAGGAAGUAUUCACCAUAAGGCCUUGCUGAUCUCAGUGACUGUUUGCAGUAUUCUUCUGGUGCUUAUCAUCAUAUUCUGCUACUUCAGGUACAAAAGGCAGGAGACGCGGCCGCGGUACAGCAUCGGGCUGGAGCAGGACGAGACCUACAUCCCGCCGGGGGAGUCCCUGAAGGAUUUGAUCGAGCAGUCGCAGAGCUCCGGCAGCGGCUCCGGGCUCCCUCUCCUGGUUCAAAGGACCAUAGCAAAACAGAUUCAGAUGGUAAAGCAGAUUGGAAAAGGUCGCUAUGGAGAAGUUUGGAUGGGAAAGUGGCGUGGAGAAAAAGUAGCUGUAAAAGUGUUUUUUACCACGGAGGAGGCCAGCUGGUUCAGAGAAACAGAAAUCUACCAAACUGUCCUGAUGAGGCAUGAAAAUAUUCUCGGAUUCAUUGCUGCAGACAUUAAGGGUACAGGGUCUUGGACUCAGCUGUAUCUCAUCACCGACUACCAUGAGAAUGGCUCACUCUACGAUUAUCUGAAAUCUACCACCCUGGACACAAAAGCCAUGCUGAAGCUGGCCUACUCCUCGGUGAGCGGCUUGUGCCACCUGCACACGGAGAUCUUCAGUACUCAAGGCAAGCCGGCUAUUGCCCACCGUGACCUAAAAAGUAAGAAUAUUCUGGUGAAAAAGAACGGAACCUGCUGUAUAGCAGAUUUGGGCUUGGCUGUUAAAUUUAUUAGUGAUACAAACGAGGUGGACAUCCCUCCCAAUACGCGUGUAGGAACAAAGCGCUAUAUGCCUCCCGAGGUGCUGGAUGAAAGCUUGAACAGGAAUCACUUUCAGUCGUACAUCAUGGCCGAUAUGUACAGUUUUGGGCUCAUCCUUUGGGAGGUAGCAAGGAGAUGUGUGUCGGGAGGAAUAGUUGAAGAAUACCAGCUCCCCUACCAUGACCUCGUGCCCAGCGACCCCUCGUAUGAGGACAUGCGGGAGAUCGUGUGCAUCAAGAGGCUUCGCCCAUCGUUUCCCAACAGAUGGAGCAGCGAUGAGUGCCUGCGCCAGAUGGGGAAGCUGAUGAUGGAGUGCUGGGCUCACAACCCCGCGUCCCGCCUCACAGCCCUGCGGGUCAAGAAGACGCUUGCCAAAAUGUCAGAGUCACAGGACAUUAAACUCUGAUCCGGCACAAGGCAGCUCUUGCGAAAGCCCACCGAAGAGGACUUUCUCUCGCAGCCAAGAAGUCAUGGAGAGGCAUCGAAAGCCUUCGUAAGAAGCACCUCGAACGCCGUCGUGUUUAAGAGCAACCGUCUGACAGCUUUCGAGGGGAGUAUCCUUUGCAAAAUCAGCCAAAUUUCGACAUCCAAGUUUGGAAGAGGCUUCUCUGCCCUUGUUUACAUGGGGAAAUACAGUUUUAGUAACUGGUUUAAGGUUAUGCGUGUUGCUUUCCAUGAAAGCCACUUAUUAUUUUAUUAUUAUUAUUGUUAUUAUUAUUAUUUUGAUUGUUUAAAAAGAUACUGCUUUAAAUUUUAUGAAAAUAAAACUUUUGGUUAGAAGUAAAAAAAGAUGUACAUUGUUACAUUAAAAAAUGGGAAGAAACUGUGCUGAAAAAUGAAAGCAAAGCGACAUUUUCAUUUAUAGAGAGACUAUUGCACUCCAGCAUCAAAAAAAGAGAGGGAGAGAGUCUGUGAAGCUCAGCGAAGCUGUAAUAGAAACCGUCUUAAAAGCCACCUGCCUACGGAGCCCGCUUUCGGUAGCGCUGUGGAUGUGAGUGGUUUUCGCAAUCCAGCGAGAGCCCCAUUACCGCUGUUGCUAUUAGAGCCGCGGGUUGCGGCGUCCCCGAGCAGGUGGCCUGUCGCGGGGGAGCUCAUCCCUCGUUUGAGAAAAUCAGAAGCCAGAGAGCGAAUAUGGUGCAGUGCGACCUGCUUUUGCUUUUUCCCUUCCCGCAGCCCUUGAUGUUUCUCGCUCUGUUAGGAAGUCUCGUGGAUGUGGUGCCGGGAUAAUAAGCAAGUGCCCCUCUUCUGAGUGCUUUUCUCCCCACUGCAAAAUGAAAUAUAUUGUUUAUGAGCGGAAAUGAGAGGAGCGAGUUCCCCGAAGUACACGUUUGCAGCUUCUUACCAGCCUUUCGUUAAUGAGAGAAACCGCUGGUAAAUGAAACUGCGCUGACCUACAUACAAAAUCGUUGGGUAGGAGAAAGUUUGUUGUGAGGCAAAAUUAUUAACUUGCUCUUUCAUUUGUGUAGAAGUGAGAUACUUGUGUGCAACAAGAGCUUGGGAAAAAAAAUCCACAUUCCCUUUUCUAUGUGAAAGAAAAAUGAAAUUUCGGGCUACUGAAAUAAAUACAUGUUUUAGGGCACCACAGACCAAAGUUUUGGCUCGAACUGUGGCCGCCUUACUAUUUUGGAUGGCCUCGGAGCAGCCUCGAAGGCUCUGGGAGCCGCGGCGCAGGGACAGGUCCUGCCACCAGGCCGCGGGCUGCGUAGUGCCGUGCUCCCCGAAAGAGGGGCUUCCCGAGGAGAAGAGCAAUGCGGAACGGCUUUUCCAGCCUUUCCGCAGCCUCCCUUCCUGGGCAUACGGCAGUCGUUGGAACGGCAAAACUAUGCGAGGGGAAAGGAGAGGUAACAGGGAGGCGAAAUGCUCCAUCCAAAGCAUUUUCCUUGGAAAGGUUUCUGGUCUUCAUCAGAUUAUCAAAGCUGAGCUGCACGGGAGUUACUGUUUCACCUUUAUUUUACUUUGUUUUUCUGCCUGCCUAUGGCCUGUUUCUCUAGAUGGUGUUCAGUUUAAUUCUCAAAUAAGUUGUUGCAAAUGCUGCUUUAAUUGUAAUAAGCCUAUUUCAGAACUGAAAUAAUUGACAUGCUGGAUUUAUCCUCAGCGUUUAUGUACUGCUUCUUCUCCCUUUUUUUGGACAAAACUGAUUUAUUUGUGGUAGCUAGGUAAAUACAAUUGGAGUUCAGCUUCAGAGCUCCCUGAAGGUACUUCUCGCUUGAAAAAUUACCAUUUUAUACUUUCAAGCUAAUAGAGAAAAAUGUGCGAGGUUCAAGCAAACCAGCAAGACAUGCCUGAUUAUAGGGGUUAAAAAGUUUAAUCAGAGGGCUUUCAUUAAUUAGAGUGCUUUUUUGCAGUUUCCCUGCCAGUACCCCAAGAAUGCUAAGCAACACAAAAAGAAAAUCUCUGCAAAUUAAUAGUACGCUAAAUCCUGGCCCCAGAGGGAAAGCAGUGAUUUGCAUUGGCUUUAAUAAGCAGCGUGCUUGCAUAUGCGACAGCAGAAUUUGGUCCUCUUUUUAGGUGCCUUUACUGGAAAAUUUCUGCCCCAAAGUGAGGAGAAUAGCCCAGCCGCUCUUCAAACUGCAUCUUUUUGUCUUCUCAGUGGAUUGAGUUGUGAGGUUUCUACUAUAAAUCAUCCCUCUGAGUGUGGCCUCACUGACGAUUAGAGAGCAGGGGUGAAAAGUGGAGAAAAAUGUCAAGAAUAUCUAACACGUGCGAGCGUAACGUGGGAGGGGAAACGUAUCGCUGGUGCCCUACCCAAGGGCUUUUGGUGUAGGUGGGAAUUGUCGUGCUGGGGUCCUAAAUGGAGAUUCAUUCGUUUUGCCUUUUGCCCUCGUUCAUUUUGGAUUUUGAGAUAAAUGGAAUCCCCGGAGCUUGCUCCGAUGGUGCAGGUGGGAAACACACUGAUUCGAGGCUGACGGCCAGAUCCAGUCCUCCGCCCUGGCUCACCGGGGAGGUGCGCUCACGAAAGCAGCAAGGGGGAAAUUCCCUCUGCCCCUGCCCUGGCACGGGCAGAGCUGCGCGACGAUGGAGACGCAAAAGCUGGUCUCACACUCCCCACUCACUGCCUGCAGGCUUCCUGAACGAGUCCUGCUUUCUUGCUCCAAAAGGAAGGGAUCUAAGAUACUGGUUGAUAGGUCAUGUAAUGUGUGUAUGUUAAAUGUUCACGUUUAUGUGUUUUAUAUAUAUAUAAAAGAAUAUAUAUAUAUAUAUAUAUAUUCAGUUGGGAGUCUGGAAUCACUCCAGUAUGUGGAUUAAGAGUAAACUAUUAUGGAUGAUAAAGCACUAAAUAAAACAUAAUAUUUAUUUUAUGAAAAUGCAUAAAUGACAAAUCACUGCAACAGUGCUAUGUAGGAAAAUAAAUAUAUAUGUGAGGAGACACACAUCCAAGAGAACGAAGGGUCUGCAGUUAUGUAACUAGUUUCUGCCCAUUUUCUCCCAAGACCAAAGGGGCCAGAUUUAGCCCUCAAAUCUCAUACUUACUGUUAUCAAUGAUACUGUUAAAGGAAUAUUCCUCAGGCCAGAAGAAGGGCCUAAGUUGAGCUUGCAAGACUUUUGUUUGAGCACUGUGACAUCCGGGUUACCAGACAAAUGGUUAACUUUAUGCAACACUCACAAUGUAAUAGCUACAACGGUUCCACAUGUACAGUGAAUUCAUGUUAGUACAUGUAUUUUUUUUAUUUUGCCACCUGUAUAGCCUUUUUAUGUCACUUCCAGACUCCAGUAAUUUCACAGUGCCUGUUGACUAGGACUUGGAUGUCAGGGCUAAGAUCCUCGUGGCUUCAGUGCCAGCAGGUUUCGAAAUACAGUUUUCAAAUGUAAAAACACUGAGGGAAGUUUAGUUUAAUGACUUAUUGGCAUAGCUAAGAUAGAUUGGGAGAAGAAUUAAAAAAAAACAAGGAAGAGAGAUGCCAUCUCACAACUGCUAUCCCGUCUCUAGCACAAACAAAACUAUUUCUUUUAAAGAAAAGGUUAACAAUGUAAAGACUAAGAAACUAAUUUGUGUUCUGUUUUGAGAACCAGUGCCUUAUGAAACCUGUAAAUACUGUAAUUAGAAAAAAAAUGGGGAACAAACUGAUAUGUUGUAUUUGUUCAAAUUGUAUAUGGCUGUUUUAACAUUCCCCAAAUAAAAUUGUUUCCAUCUCCCCAUGAAAGA